AUGGCUGCUAUAUCAUUCUUACUUCUGCUCCUAUACAGUGUUAAAUCAUGCCUUUCAUUACCUCACCAGGAAAAAAGAGCAUGGACUAUUGGGCAGAAGGUAAAGACCACUAGCGGCACAGUCAUAGGUCAUGAGGCGCCCUGGCCAGCAAAUUCUGGUCUUUCAGAGUAUCUGGGAAUACCAUACGCCCAGAAUCCUGUUGGAGACCUGAGAUUUUCGGCACCCAAGGCGUACGUGAGCAAUGAUGAGAUCGACGGCAGCAAAUUUUCAGAGGAGUGCUUCCAAAUAGUGGAUGGUGUAUUCGCAAUUGCUGAAAAGGACUUUCCCGACAUACCUCAAGACUUACUGGCAUUUGGGAAAGCUCUAGCUGGAGAUGAAAACACCGCGUUCGGAGAAGACUGCUUAAAGAUAAACGUAUGGACCAAGCCACAGUCGGGUGAGAAAUCCAAGGCGGUGAUGGUGUGGAUAUAUGGAGGAGCCUUUUCAGUCGGUGCAACUUCAGCAGUUUGGUACAGUCCUGCAAGAUAUGCGGCGGAGCAUGACGUCGUUGCCGUUAGUUUCAACUAUCGCUUAAGCCUGUUUGGAUUCAACAUGGCCACGUUCACGGAAGAGAAAAAUCCUGGAUUACUAGAUCAGCGACUAGCUCUCGAAUGGGUUCGGGACAAUAUCGCGGCUUUUGGGGGAGACCCUAAACGCAUUACGGUCUUUGGCGAAAGCGCUGGAGGCUUUUCGGUUGAUCAUCUUAGCUAUGCAUAUGUCGACGAUCCAAUCGCCAACGCAUACAUAUCGCAAAGCGGAACCGUCACAGGGCUGGCCGCUAAUAGUCAGGACGAUACGGUUUGGUGGCAGGUAUCGAAAAGCGUAGGCUGCGGUGAUAACUCAACGUCUCCUUCAGAAUCAAUCGCGUGUAUGAGAGCACUUGAUGGAAGUAAGAUUAUGGACGGCAUUCGAAAUGCUGGCCCUGGAGCCGGAGUAGCAUAUGGCGUCACCACGAUCCUGUCUUUUUGGCCCGUUGCAGACAACAAAACGGUUUUUGCAGAUGCGUGGGAUCGUGAAGAACAGGGAAGAUUCGCAAGACGACCAAUGCUUGUGACGAACAAUGCAGCAGAGGGGAACCUAGUUCUUGGAGCGUUGAAUGCAGGAUUAGACUGGGCAACAACAAUACCCGGGGUUUUCAACUGUCCCGCUGCGACAGCUGCCAAAGCUAGACACGACGCUGGUGUACCGGUGUGGAGAGCAUACUUCAUGGGACAAUGGAACAACACAAACCUUGGAGGGUUGGGUGCAUACCACGUCAGUGACGUCCCAUUAGUGAUGGGAGCAACAGAACGAAAAGAAGGCGCAACGCCUGACGAGCCAGAAGAAACGUUGAUGAUCAAAAACGUCAUGAAUGCCUGGGCGGCUUUCGCAAAAGAUCCCGAAAACGGUCUGACGAAUCUUGGCUGGCCUCGUUAUGAUCCCGAGGGCAACACAUUGAUUCGGCUUGGACUUGAUAACAAGGGCACUCCAAGUAUUGGUCAAUCCACAAUGUACGACUAUUACUGCAAAGCAAUGCGGCACGUCGGGCCAUCAGAGUACAAAAAUCUCGAGCCCGUCAAGCAACAGAGUCAAGAAAAGGUUCUGUCUGACUUGAGGGGCAAAUACAAUUCAUGA